UACAAAUUUGAUUGCCUGAUUCUUACAAAUCGUAUUAUUACAAGAAAGAUGACCGAAUCUAAGGAUGAUGUACAAUUCCAGGAUGAUAUACAGUACUUGCUGCAUCUAGAAGCGGUUAAGCGCUUCGUUGAAGAAAAGAAGAAUGUGUAUCGCCAAGUGGAAGAGCAUGUCCGCAAUUAUAUUGAGGCCAAGCUGGAAUAUAAGCACGAAUUCGAGCGUCUCGUCAACUUGGUCACGCAAGUCAAGUUGUGUUCGGCAAUGGAGGAACAAAAAAAGCUUAUCGAUGUCAAGUAUGUUACAAACGUAUCCGACCAGCUGUCCAAAAUCUGCGAAAAGAUAUCCAGUGAUAAACGUCCAAUUGAUCUGGACGAACACACCCUCGAUGAGUUCAAGCUGCAGUUGGAGAAGGAGCAGCGACCUCGCACCAAGCUCACCAAACAGCAGCUCAGCUAUGCUAACAAUCGCGAGACGUUAAACUCCUUGCGCACAAUGCUCGACAAGGCGGAGAAUGAUUUCCAGAAGACCACUCUAGCGGCCAUUAACCAGCUCACAAUCGAUCUGCAGCCACCGACGAUGCAGCAGCAGUCGCCACAGGAGACUAAUGACCUCCCAAGCAGUUAAAGCUCACACACACUCACAAUAUCCCACUUUGGGUCUAAAUUGUAAUAAUUAUAAUUAUUAGUUUUAAUACUCGCUCAAAACAUGAAACUGCCCUUUGGCAUUGAAUUGAAUAAUAACUGUUGGCUUAGUUUAUUAUGUCGAAUACUUAAAUGACUAGAAAUACAACGGCUCAUUCUAAUAACACUUAAGUAUAAACAAUGAAUUGUAAGAUGUUU